AUGCAGUUCCCUUUUUUCUUUGCGUUGGCUAUGGCCAUCCUUAGUUCGGUAUCUACCGGACAACUACUACCACCAUCGAUUGUUCCUGUAAUUCAGCCUUGCCCAACAGGAGCCGCAACCCAUCUUGUUUCCGGCUCUUUUAGCCUGGAGCCUAUGCCGACUGAAACAGCAUAUCCAGCCUCUGGUAGUGGUGAUGGUGAUGAUGAUGAGGGUGAUGAAGAUGGAGACGAUGAGGAUGGUGAGGAAUCUCCGGUGAUUACGGGUUCGCCAGAGAUGCCAGGGGGCGAUGAGCCGAAGACCCUGGACCCGGAGCCAACCGCGACCCCGGAGUCUAGCAUGAUGUCGGCACCCAUCAUGGUACAUGCUGCUACUCAGGGAACAAGCUCUGUACCAGACCCAUCAAGCCUAACUGAGGGUUCAAUUCCGAAUCCAACCUCUUUCACUCGACUGAUUCCCGAACCCAGUACGAUGUCUGCAUCCAUUAUGAUACCCAGUGGUUCUCAUGGAACGAGCUCUGUACCAGACCCUUCGAGUCUCACUGAGCUUUUAACUCUGGAUCCAACCUCUUUCACUCGGCUGAUUCCUGAACCUAGCACGAUGUCGGCAUCUAUCAUGGCUCCUAGGGCUACUGAGGCCUUUGCCAGGCGAAGGAGACAGGCAAGGCAAGCUGGUUAUUCCAUGACUACAUCCAGGAUAUCAAUCCCGGACCCAACUUCACUGACACAGAUGCUCCCGGAAUCCAGCAUGCCAGCAAUGACUCUAGUAACCAUGAGGCGACAAUGUAAGAGCAAUACAAACGGCGCUUCCAGCCCUGCGGGGGUAUAUCCUUCUCCCUCAGCCUUCGUUGUUGCUUAG